CGAACAUGGACAAGACAGACGAUCGCAACUUGACCGAUGCCAUCCAUGCGGUGGUGUACGCGAAGAUGCCAAUUCGUCAAGCCACCAAGAAGUUUGCAGUUGCGCGAAGCACUCUGCAGCGCCGGGUACAUGCGCUCAUGCAGAAGGAAUCAGUGGCGGUGGAUGCCGAUACCCCUGCGGAAGUGGUGGUGGCCACUACAAUCCCGUCGGCGAUCGUCGACGACAGUGACAUGUAUCCUCCAUUCCUAGCAGCACCACGUCCCAUGGAGCCAGUAGCCACCAACACCGUGGAACCUCGUCCUCCCGUGAGUCCCGUUGAAGUGUCGAAAGGGCCGCACAAGGUGAUCAAUUGCAAGCUGCGGGCGAUGCAGAAAUCCGUCUCCAGUGCCAUUGACGAGCUCAGCAACGAUCUCAUUCGCCAAGGCAAACCCGUGUACAAGCUGGGCCUUGGCCAGAGUCCGUUUCCGAUUCCAGAGUGCAUUGUCGACGAGCUAAAAGCCCACGCCCACCAGCGCGACUACCUCCCCGUGGCGGGACUGCCUGAGCUCCGCCAGGACAUUGCCACGUGGGCCACCAAGAAGCUCGGCGUGUCAUACACGCAAGACGACGUGUUAGUCGGCCCAGGCACCAAGGAGCUGCUGUUCGUGCUGCAAACCGUGUACUACGGUGACUUGCUCCUUCCCAAUCCUAGUUGCAUGACUUAUGCCCCCCAAGCCAAUAUUGCAGGCCGCAACAUGAUUUGGCUGCCAACAUACGCCGAAGACCGGUGGGUCCUCCAGCCGUCUGUGCUUGAAGCGCAUUGCGCCGCAGAUCCAUAUGCCCCACGAAUCUUGAUUCUCAACUCGCCGUCCAACCCAACCGGUUGCUCGUACACUGCCGACGAUCUACGAGAGAUUGCGACGUUGGCCAAGAAGUUCCGGCUCUUGGUCGUGUCCGACGAACUGUACUCUGACUUGACCCACGAAGCUCACGUGUCCAUCUCGACGUAUUACCCCGAAGGCACGAUUGUGUCGGGCGGGCUUAGCAAAUGGUGCGGCGCCGGCGGCUGGCGCGUUGGUUUCUGGCUGUUUUCGUCGGGUUUGGACUGGUUGCGCAAUGCGAUGCUGGUCAUGGCGUCGGAAACGUACACGUCGGUGGCGUCGCCCUUGCAGUACGCGGCGCGCCGGGCGUUUGUGCCUGGGUGCCCGGAACUGGCCUCAUACAAGAAGAAAUGUUGCCGAACGUUGCAGCUGGUGGGGCAAUGGUGUACCUUUCAGCUACACAAGUUGAACGUCCAAGUGCACCAACCACAAGGCGGGUUUUACCUGUUUCCGUGCUUUCGAUCGUACCGGCAACUCUUGGCCACACGUGGCAUCACCACAGACGUCGGAUUGUGCGAACAGUUGCUGCACGACACAGGUGUCGCCAUCUUGCCAGGGUCCUUCUUCGGUCGGCAACCUCACGAGUUGUUUGUUCGGAUUGCAUUUGUCGACUUCAAGGGCGAAAUCGCCAUGUAUGUGAUCGACAGCGAAAGCGAUGUGGGCCUACACAAUCGAGAAGGGUUUGUCCACUCUGUGUGUCCAAAUAUAUGGACAGCCAUGAAGUUGCUGACCAAGUGGCUGCAGAUCGAUUGACACACCAAGUUGACACUACGAAUAGUAGGUUUAUAUAUAACACGAC